GUCGUCCAAACCGGGGAUUGAGCAGUACGAAGCUGGGGAAGAUGAGGGGAUUGGAAAGCGUGGUCAUGCUGUACAAGUGGUUAAAGUGGACGAGGGUAAUGGCACCACAACCUUCACUCUCGAUGAACCGGCGUUAUCCUCGAUUCUUCUCCACCCUUCUGUGCGCGAUAAGCUGGUUGUAAUUAUAUCGGUCGCCGGCGCCUUCCGGCAAGGAAAAUCGUUCUUGCUCGAUUUCUUCCUGCGUUAUAUGUCUUCAAAAGACCAUGAUAAUUGGAUAGGCAGUGGUGACACUCCACUUGAGGGCUUUCCUUGGCGUGGGGGUGCUGAACGUGAUACAACUGGCAUCCUGCUUUGGAGCGAGCCUUUCAUUAUCAAGCUUCAGUCAGGGGAAGAUGCAGCAGUUCUUUUCAUGGACACACAGCACCUUUUAUUUCUCGUCCGUGACUGGAGUUUCCCUUACGACUAUGAAUUUGGCAGCAUCGGUGGCAACAGACUCCUGGAUGCCAGACUGAAGAUUCAACCCAGUCAUCACACCGAACACGAGACUGUCCGGCGCCACAUUCGCUCGUGUUUCUCUCGCGUCUCCUGUUUCCUACUACCUCAUCCUGGGUUAAAGGUUGCCACCAAUCCGAAAUUCGAUGGCCGCCUAUCUGACAUAGACGCACAGUUUUUAAACGAACUUCGCGUUUUCGUUCCUACUGUCCUCUCUCCUGCAACGCUGCAACUGAAAAAAAUCAACGGUGAGAAAAUCACGUGUCGUGAGUUGCUCACCUACUUCAAGGCUUACAUGGAGAUCUAUCAGGGUGAUACACUACCCGAGCCACGCUCGAUGCUCGAAGCGACUGCAGAAGCAAAUAAUCUGAAUGCAAUCAUGGCUUGCCAGGACGCUUACACCGAAGCUAUGAAUAAAGACUGCGUUCCUCGCAUGAAGCGUUGUCCCUUCGAAUGGCAGGUAUUCCCAUCAGGUGAAUUUGAAGAUUCCGAGGUCAUGUCGUAUGAAGUCAUGUCCAAGCGACUAACAAGUGCAGAACUGGAUACAAUCUGCAAAAUGAGCCAAGAUCGGCGUCUCUUUAGCAAUCUUUGUAAUUCUCUGUUCCUAACAAUUCAUGGCAAUAAAGAAGUGAAAAAGGGCAUUUUGUUGAUGCUUUUCGGAGGUGUUUCAAAGUUUACGGGAGAAGGUACACACUUACGUGGGCACAUGAACGUCUGUUUAGUUGGUGAUCCGAGUACGGCAAAGUCCCAGUUUCUCAAACAUGUUGAACGCUUCUCACCUCGUGCUGUCUACACCAGUGGUAAGACAAGUUCCGCCGCAGGUCUUACAGCAGCCGUUGUACGAGACGAAGAGUCUUUCGAAUUUGUGAUCGAGGCUGGUGCCUUAAUGCUUGCAGCUAACGGUGUCUGUUGCAUCCUUGAAUUCGACAAGAUGGACAUCCGCGAUCAAGUUACCAUUCACGAGGCCAUGGAACAGCAGGCCAUCAGCAUAACCAAAGCUGGAGUGAAAGCCACGUUGAACGCGCGAACGUCGAUCCUGGCUGCUGCUAACCCAAUCAGCGGUCGGUAUGACCGUUCCAAGUCUUUGCGCCAAAAUAUUGGCCUCUCUGCGUCCAUCAUGUCUCGCUUUGAUCUCUUCUUCGUCCUGGUUGACGAAUGCAACGACAUUGUUGAUUAUGCGGUUGCUCGGUCGAUCGUCGAUUUGCACAUGAGCGUCCAAAGUUCAACUGAUGUACAAUCCUCGUAUUCAGUGUGUGGUCCUGACAAACCUUAUCUCAAUCCGAACGAUCUGGAGAUCGCCCAUUCUCGUGCCUUUCAAGCUGCCAUUCAAAAGUUUACCAGUAUUCGAAAAAUGGGUGGUGAACAGUAUGCUGCCAUCUAUCUGGAACGUUUAAAGACAACCCUACAGCAAUUGGGCAACGAAUACCGUACUGCCAACACAAACAAGAACAUCUUCCAGACGUUCCGUACUCCUGCCGUGUUUUCGGUCAUCCUCAUAAUCUUCCACAUCAUUACCGGUAUUUCUGAGUUUGUUGGAAUCAACGCCGUGACCAACAUGUUCCUGGUCCCAUUCUAUCUUGCCCUGGUUACAUUAAUGACGUGGAUGUUCCUCAGUUAUACCGGUCGAGCCCCGGAAUUGGCUCAGGCGAUCGAUUCAGCCGCGGAUGUUGUGGUACAGAAGGUUGUCACCCCAGCCAUUCAACAUAUUGGUCAGCGUAGUGUGCAACAACUUGUGGGUACAGAAAGACCAAUUCGAGAGAGAAGCUAGUGUUUCCUCGGCCGUGUCGCCUCAUUCUUGAUAGUCGUUCGACUGCAUUCUUUCUUCUGAUCGUGUCUCAUUUUCCGUAGCUCCCCUCUCUCAUUAUGCACGCCCCCUCGGGGCAAUGCGUGCACUUUAAACGACCAGGUUCCCCCGUCGCACACUGACACACACACGGAGGCCGCACACCUAUACACUGGACUAUUGGUUUCCGGUUUGAGCUACCUUAUCUUUCUUUGUCGACUUCAGACCAGUGAAUACUAUCAGGCUGCCUCUCCCAAGUACCACUUCCGUAUUCUAUUCUACGCCGAUUGUUGAUUUAUUGUACAUAGAACGGCUUAUCCCCGAAACCAAUUCGUACUUUGUCUUGAGCGUCAAACCAAAUGCAUCA